AUGGAAAGCAGUGUAGCAAGUUCAUUGCAACGGAAAGUGGCCGUUCUUGGGGCCCGUAAUGUCGGUAAGACUUCACUCACGGUACGAUUUGUUGAGUCACACUUCGUAGAGUCAUACUAUCCCACAAUCGAGAAUGAGUUCACCAAGAUUAUACGGUUUAGAAAACAUAAUUAUACUUUGGAAAUACUGGACACCGCUGGUCAGGAUGAAUUUUCACUCCUAAACAUGCAAUCGCUCAUCGGAGUGAAGGGUAUCGUGCUAUGUUAUAGCGUAACGAACAGAAACAGUUUCGAAAUGAUCAGUGUGAUUUGGGAUAAGCUUGUGGAUCAAUUGGGUAAAGAUAAUCUGCCCGUAGUAGUAGUGGCAAAUAAGAUUGAUAUGCGUACGGGCCAAAGUCACUGUGUUACCAAGGAAGAAGGUGAAAGAUUAGCAAAAACGAUAGUAAGCAGUGAUGGAAAAUUGCAUGCUGGAUUUAUCGAAGGAAGCGCAAAGGAUAAUAUCAACGUCGAUGCAGCUAUAAUGAUGCUAUUGAAGAAGAUGGAACAACAGGAGUUGGGAAAUGCUUUAGAGAAUGGUGGAGAUGCAAAAGGAUGUAGGAUUAUGUGA